UUCAAUUAUGGUUUCGUUUAGGGUGUGUCGGUCAUUCUCUAUGAACAGUAGGUCCUCCUCUCAAUUUACCCAGCUUUACCCCUCUCUCUCUUUCUUUCUCUAAGAUUCUGCUGUUUUGUGAUCUUCGAAUUGUGGAAUUGUCUUCUACUAAUCCACAGUUUCAUGGUCGAUCAUUUUAGGAGAAGCCUCUCUCGCUCCUCUUUCUCUCUUUCUCUCUCUACAAGCCCUUCCCUGAAAGCCAGCGGAAUUACAGAAGACCGCAUUUAAUUGUGUGAUUUGCCACCUCUCUCUCUCUCUCUCUUCUCUCUCUCUACAAUGGCGGGGAGCAUGCAAACUUGGGUUCUUUACUAUGAAUAGGGUUAUAGGGCGUGAUUCAUUUUAAACUGGAAAUCCCUAGUGAUUUUUUCUCCAAAAUAAGAGGGCCCAACAUCCUUAAAAUGGUUAAUGGAAGAGAGAGAAAACCCCAUUAAAAUCCUUGGGUUCAUGUCUCUUCUAUGCAUAUAUGAAAGAGGCUACAAAAUUGGCCUCUUCUAAUUUUUGGGGUUUUGGGUCCAGUUCAUUUUGCUCUGUAAAAUGAGGCGGCGAGGUCAAGAGCUUCGACGCCCGGUUAGAAGGAGACUUUCAGGUGGGAUCUUAGGGCUUCUUGGGUUAUUCUUAGUGGCUGGUUUGGUACUCUUUGUGUUCCAUCAUCACCAUCAAGAUCAGUCUUUUCCAGUCCAGAUUAAUGAAGAGAUACAGCAGGCUUCCUCCGAGGGUUUCAAUUUCACCGAAGAGCUCUUGAGUGCCACAUCCUUUGCUAGGCAACUAGGGGACCAAAUGACCCUCGCUAAAGCUUAUGUGGUUAUCGCCAAGGAACAAAACAAUCUUCAGCUUGCAUGGGAAUUAAGCUCACAGAUAAGAGCCUGCCAACUGCUGCUCUCUAGAGCAGCCACAAGAGGCAGGGCCAUCACAUUGGAAGAAGCAGAACCCAUCAUCCGGAAACUCUCAUUACUCAUCUUCAAAGCAAAAGAUGCCCAUUAUGACAGCGCAGCCAUGAUCAUGAAACUCAAAGCCCAUAUCCAAGCUCUAGAAGAGAGAGGCAAUGCGGCCACCAUACAAAGCACAACCUUUGGACAAUUGGCAGCUGAAUCAAUGCCCAAGAACCUGUACUGCCUAAGCAUAAGGUUAACCAUCAAAUGGCUUCAAAACCCCUCUCUCAAAGAAAUCAUGGAAGGACAAAGGAACUCCCCUAGGGCUUUAGACAAUAAUCUUUACCAUUUCUGCAUAUUCUCAGACAAUACCCUAGCCACCUCUGUAGUGGUUAAUUCUACUGUCUCAAAUGCCGACCACCCAAAACAGCUUGUUUUCCAUGUAGUCACCGAUGCUAUCAACUUCCCAGCCAUGCAAGCCUGGUUCUCUAUGAACUCUUACAAGGGGGCAACAGUUGAGGUUCAAAACAUAGAAGACUUUUCUUGGCUGAACUCCUCGUAUGCCCCAGUCUUGAAGCAGCUUGAAGAUGCUGAAACACAGGCCUACUAUUUCAAAGGAGGUGGAAACUCCCAAGACUCGAGAGUUGAGUCCAAAUUUAGGAACCCGAAGUACCUAUCAAUGCUGAAUCACCUUAGAUUCUACAUACCCAACAUAUACCCAGCUCUAGAGAAGGUGGUCUUCCUUGACGAUGAUGUAGUGGUACAAAAGGAUCUUACACCUCUCUUCUCUCUAGACCUUCAUGGGAAUGUGAAUGGGGCAGUGGAGACAUGCUUAGAAUCGUUUCAUAGAUAUCACAAGUACCUUAAUUUCUCAGACCCAAUUAUAAGAUCGAAGUUUGAUCCUGAUGCUUGUGGUUGGGCUUUUGGUAUGAAUGCUUUUGACCUUAUAUCUUGGAGGAAGGCUAAUGUGACUGCUAGGUAUCAUUAUUGGCAAGAAAAAAAUAGAUAUAGGACAUUAUGGAAGUUGGGUACUCUCCCCCCAGGCCUUCUUACUUUCUAUGGGCUCACAGAGCCCCUUGAUAGAAGGUGGCAUGCUCUGGGGUUGGGUUAUGAUUCAAAUAUAGAUGAUAGGUUGAUAGAUAGUGCAGCCGUGGUGCACUAUAAUGGAAAUAUGAAACCUUGGUUGAAGUUGGGUAUCAGUAGGUAUAAGCCCUUGUGGGAACGAUAUGUUAAUUAUUCUCAUCCUUUGCUUCAGCAUUGCUUUGCACACUGAAGGAGAUCGCUUGUCUCUUUUAAACUUAUUCAAAGGAGAGGAAGGGAUGUUCCUUCCCUUUCAAGUUUUGAGAUUACAUUUCUCUUUGAUUCCUCACAUUCUUAUUUGGAUGGAUCAGAGAGGAUGAACUCAUAUAUGCUGUUUAUAUCUCCUCUUUUCUCCAUCCAAGGUUGCAACUCCAGGAUCAAAAAACUAUACAUGGGAGAGAUUCAUUUUUGCUGCUGGAUAUUGGGGUCUUCUAGCAGUCGUUAUAUUGAAUGAUUCAUUUAUUAAUAGCAAUUUUUUGUAAUAAGUUUGUGUGGGGAUAUAUAUGAAGUGAAUUUGAGAGAAUUUGUAACUCAAGCCAGUUCAACUGGUAGAUUUUUGAGAAAAAGAAAACUGUCUUGCACCUC